AUGGAAGCUGAAUUGCGAGCAUGGGUGAAAGAGCGUGGUGUAAUCAGGGCUGCGCUCACGCGUUUUAGAAAUUUCUUUAGAGACUCUGCGAACAACACUGCGGUAGGUUCAGUAAAAAAGAGAUGGCAGGCGAAUGUUCAAUUGUAUGAUAGUUUUAAUAAGGUUCAAACUAAAAUAGAGAUGGCUGUAAUCGGAUCAGACGCCGAAGCCGUCCACGCGUCGGAACGGGAGUUGUUUGAAACGACGUAUUUUGACCUCAUUAAUGAAGUAGAAACGCACAUUGAGAAACUCAAUACGAGUAAUCAACGCGGAACUUCGGUUAGUCCUGCAUCCACCAGUCAUAGCAUAGUUAAUAUUAAGCUACCAACAAUGCAGCUACCUUCAUUCGAUGGCAAUUAUAGUGAUUGGCUAAAAUUCAGGGACACAUUCACGGCUGUAAUUCACGAAAAUGAAUCUUUGUGCGAUGUCCAACGAUUUCAUUAUUUGAACUUGUCGCUUAAGGGAGCCGCGGCACGCAUCAUUCAAUCACUCGGCGUAUCAGAAGCAAAUUAUAGAUUAGCAUGGGAGCUGUUAAUGUCGCGAUAUGAGAAUGCGACAGACCUUAAACGACACCAUUUAAAUUCUCUAAUAGAUUUGAAGUCGAUUCAGAAACAAUCAGAAGGGAUGUUACGUGAAUUCAUAGACGAUGCUAUUAGUCAUCGAAAUGCACUAAAAUCAUUAGGCGAACCAGUAGACAGUUCGGAGACUUUCAUAGUACCUUUAUUGGCUAGGAAAUUAGAUACGAUCUCCAUCAGGGAGUGGGAAAAGAAGAUCUCAUCUCAUUCUCAAAUGCCUUCAUUUGCAAAAUUCUCAGAAUUCUUCGAAGAACGGUCGAAAUAUUUAUGCCACGUCGCGAUUAACACUCAGGUACCGGUACAAAGGGUACAUCAGCGACCUCGAAUGCCAGGUAGUCAACGGGUAAACGCAGUCACUUCACAUGUCGUUCAUACAAAUUCAUGUCCUGUCUGCAAGGGGACUCACGCGAUUUAUCAAUGCGACAAAUUUAAAACUUUAGAUGCAAAUGGGAAAACAAUGGCCGUUCAAGAGUCUCCGAUUUGUUACAAUUGCUUGCAAUCCGGGCACCGUGUCAAGGCAUGCACGCGUUCCUUGUGCAAAAUUUGUAAUAGAAAACAACACUCGUUAUUGCACCACGACGAUAUUCAUUCCGUGAAACCCGCGAAUUCAAACGGUGUCGUGACUACGGAAUUCGACCCUAAGGAGACACAACCUCUUGUCGCACACGUAGUUAGGAACUCAGGAACCUGCACGAUGCUAUCAAUCGCAAUUGUGUACAUUAAAGACCACAAGGGCCACGCUCAUGAAUGUAGGGUGUUAUUAGAUUCAGGUUCUUAA